GUUAAAGAAUACCAUUAUCUGCUGGUCAACUACAAGUUGACUGUCACUUGGAACCAGUGCACAGAUCAUCUCUGCUGCAACCUGUCAUUUUUUGGUGUGCCCUUCUAUGACUGUGCACUUAUUCAAUACACUGAGACAGAAACCACCUUUGUUUGUCUCAUCUGCAUGUUUUCCUGUGUCAUUCCAGACAUAGGAAACAUGGAAUUUAUCUUGGCACAACCCUUCACAACAAGGAUCAGACUGGCCUGCACUAUUGAUCAUGAUCUUAGACUCAAACAUGGUCAAGACAGUUCCAUGGGCUGUGUCCAUCCUCAUACCAUUGUGCUCAAUCAUCUGAGGGGCUGUUCUAGCACCUGA